UAAAAAAUAAAAAAUUGUCGAUUAUCUGAAUAUAAAAAAGUUCGCUCCGAUACAUAUGAUUGGUUCCAUACGCAGCAGAUGACAUUUUUCAGUUAUGACAGCGACGUUUAGAUGGCGUAUAAGUUUGUUUAUGGUUACAGGAGCAGUUUAUGUUCUCUGCCAAGAAAGGGAUGAGAACAGACUUUAUUUACGAUAAUUAAAGUUGAAAAGAGUUUCUUCACAGUCAUGGACAAACUGGCGAAGCCGCAAAUAAUUUGUCACAUUGAAAAAUCAGUGGACUAUUCACUAUUUGAUGUCAAAUGGAUACCGUGCAGCGCGAAAUUUGUGGUUAUGGGUUCUCGACCUCGUGGAACCGGCAUUAUCCAAAUCUACGAGGUGUCCAGCGGCGAGUUGAAGCUCGUGAAGGAUAUAGAGAGAUCCAAUCAGAUGAAGUGUGGAACAUUCAAGGCUUCCAAUCUUCGGGAUAGACAUUUAGCUACUGGUGAUUUUAAGGGUAAAUUGAAUAUCUACAACUUGGAGGAUCCCUCGAUACCAAUUUACACAGCUAAUGCUCACACGCAGAUCAUAAACGCCAUUGAUGGGGUAGCAGGUGCUAGUGUAGGAUGUGGCGCACCUGAAUUGGUAACUGGAUCCAGAGAUGGAAGUGUUAAAGUCUGGGAUCCCAGGCAGAAGGGUCGACCGGUCGCUGUUAUGGAGCCUAAGGAAGGAGAGAGUCGACGAGACUGUUGGUCGGUCGCGUUCGGCAAUUCUUACAAUUCCGAGGAGAGAGUGGUGGCUGCGGGAUACGAUAACGGUGACGUCAAAAUGUUCGAUCUGAGAGCAAUGACGUUGAAGUGGGAAAGUAAUCUGAAAAAUGGAGUUUGCGCUCUCGAAUUUGACAGGAGAGACAUCCCCAUGAACAAGCUGGUUGCCACUACGCUAGAAUCCAAAUUUUAUCUCUUCGACUUGAAGACUCAGCAUCUCAAGAGGGCUUUCCAUAUCUUGUUGAAAAGGUUCAUUAUUUAGAGAAAUGCUUGAUUUUAGGCUCAUAAAUCGACGAUAUGGUUGGUCAAGCAUUUACCGCAGAAUCGUGAAUUAUUCGCGACUUGUGGAGGUGGAGGGACAAUGUCUUGGAAAUAUAAUUAUCCAGAGAAAAGAAAAAUUACGGACGCCGAUGGGAUCGAGAUGGGUGUCGUGGGCAGCGUUAGCUUGUUGCAAAAUAGUACGCUCUCGUCGCAACCCAUUAGUUCCUUGGAUUGGAGCCCGGACAAACAAGGACUCGGCGUUUGCACGUCGUUUGAUCAAUGUUUACGCGUUAUCAUCACUACGAAACUCAACACAUAUUGAUUAAACAGCAGAGAAAACUACUUGUAAAUAUAAGUGUACUAUAGCAGGAGAGAAGUUUCUUUAAGUUUCGUUUUGUACGUUUAAGGUAAGCUAUGAAUAAAAUUCUUUAGUUGCCUCA